AGAUAUUCUGUAAACUCGAUGUUCAACCAAGAAACCACUUUUGCACUUGCUACUCCGCAAACGAUCCAAUGCUGUUCGGACAGAAUUGAUGGCAUUCCUUGAAAUAUGACGGACCCUCACAUUGCCUGACGUGCGCUCCUUCCAGAUUUUGCGAUGCCACUGGCACGACACCAGCGUCCACUAAUGCCGAACUGUGCGUUCGACUAGACGUCGUAUGUCACCGAAACCUUAUGAAUGCAACCGGCCUGGAGAGCAGCAGAGACGAAAGAGGUCUGUCAAUGGAUCAUCAGCCUCCGUCGCCGGCCGGCCCAGACGCCGAUGCGCCGACGGCUGUUCCACCUCGCUCAUCCGCACCCACACGCAAGCGGAGUUCGUCUGGCGCAAGUGGAUUGUUGUCCAAGCUCCCGUUUAUGCGCUCCACGGGAGAGCACCGGCCGCGAUCACGCCGCAACACGCUCGAGACAGAGCCAACGCCGGCGCCAAUGCAGCCAUUUCCGACCAUCCCCGCCGGUGCUGACCCGCCCAGCCGCCAAGCAGCCGCAGCCACUGCUGCGCCUCUGCCUCUGCCUCAGAUGCUCCAGCUCCAAGCAGUCCAACAGCAGAAAACACGGCGCCGUAGAGGGUCGCUGCGGAAGGUUGCACUGCUCGGCCGCGGCGCCCAGCGAGAGAAGCGCGAGGCCCGCAAUCUGACCAUUGACACAAAGCUGCAUGUGAAUGGGAACAACGGGACGGUUCCCGAAUCACAGAACAAGGGAACGGGAAUGCUCACAGCAAGUCCUACCACCCUCGACGGGUAUCCGAAGUCGGGCUUGGACCUCAAAGACGGCGGAGAUGGCGACAAGGCACCAUUCGGCCUCGGCAUCUCAGAUCUCACGCCACGGCCUAGCAUGGAUGGCUACGCGACCCGGUCUGGCACACCGUCGUCGGAUCCGGAAGCAACACCUACCACGGCCACGGUCCCCUCUACUGCGCAUCCCACUAGCAAUCGGCGCCAUGCGGCCACGGGAUUAAGCCCAACAAGAAGUUAUAGUACCACAGAUGACGAGGACGGGCUGCACAUGUCCCGGCCGAACGGCGCCACCUCGGCCGCUCGACCACCCGCCCCGUCAUCUUCCCUCUCCUCCUCUUCCGCCGCCAGCCUCGUUCGCCCGGAGCGCGCCUCCCUCUCGUCUGGGUCCGAAUCCUACAUCCUCACAUUACCACACUCUCAUUCCCAUUCCCAUUCCCAUCCCCGGCCUCUCGGCACCGCAUCCGGAUCCAGCACCCUUCCGUCAAUCCAGCGGAGAAGAGGUACGAUACAGCGCGCCAAAUCCCCGCUGGCCCUGACGUCCCUGGCUGGACUCUCGACCACUCCGUUGCCCCCGCCCGACGCCGACUGGGAUUACUCCGAGACCGAAUGGUGGGGGUGGAUCAUUCUUCUCGUGACGUGGACCGUGUUCGUUGUCGGGAUGGGCUCGUGUCUCGGGGUGUGGAGCUGGGCGUGGGACGUGGGGACGACACCGUAUGCGCCGCCCGAGCUGGAGGAUGACCCGACGCUGCCCAUUGUGGGAUACUAUCCUGCGCUGAUGAUCCUGACCGGGGUCAUGGCCUGGGUGUGGGUUGUCGUUGCGUGGGUCGGGAUGAAGUACUUUAGACAUGCCCAGGUCAGUGGGGACUAGGCAAUUGUGUUCUGUUCUUUAUCUAAGUAGUGUUCCUCUUUUGCAUAUGAUUAUAACGGAGGGCCUCGCGCUGCCACACACAGUCGUAGAUAUACCCCUGGCUUACCUCGCGUUGUAUUGUACAUACCGUCUUCACUUAGAGGCAUAGAGAUAUCAUUGUUGGUUGGUUGGAUUGUGGACAACCAGGACUAGAACGGACGACCUAGAGAAAGUUUCGGCCUGGAGUUGUGAAACCCGUGAGUUCCUCACCAGGCAGCAUACUCUGA